AAUCAGAGCCGCGCGUGGUUUUCAAACCGGCGGCGCGCGGGCGGCGGCGGGCCCGGGGCUCGAACCCGAACCGGCGGGCCCGGGGCCCAGACCGGGAGCGGGGCCGCGACUGAGAGCGACCGGAGUCGAGACCGGGAGCAAUCCCGGACCAUGCAGCGCGCCAAGACCCCCGCCGCGCAGAAGCGGCCCCGGCGCACCCCACUGCAGGAGCUGCAGCUGGGCGCGGACCGGACCAGCCUGACCCCCCUGCUCCGCCGGCUGCGGCUCAAGGACCAUGACUGCGCCACCCCAGCGUCCUGCGCCCGGGGCUCCCGCAGCAGUGUCACCGCACCUUGCACCCCAGGACCCCCGCGAAGUGCUACCCUGGGCCCUCCCAGCAGCACCACCCCAAUGCCUUGCACCCCGGGGACCCCCAGCAGCACCACUUUGGAGCCCUCCAGGACCUCCACCCGUGGCCUCAGGACUCCCACCCUUAAGCCUGGUGCCUCUGAGGCCCCCAGCAAUCCCACCCUUACGCCUGGUGCCUUGGAGACCUCCAGCAGCACCAGCCCAGAGGCCCCUGGCAGUCCUAUCUCAGUGUCCAGCAUGCCAGAGCUCCCUGACAAUACCAUCUCAGCCCCUCUGUGCAGCCCAGUCCUAGGUCCCAGCACCUUGGAGCCCCCCAGCAGCACAGUGCCAGUCUCCCUGUGCAGCUCCAUCCAGGUCCCCAGCACCCCAGAGCCCCCCAGCAGCACAGUCCAUCCUAGGAUCCAGCGCCCCAGAGAGCCCCGGUAA